GCGGUACAAUCAGAAACUAGUAAUUUUACACCAUAAGAAGUAGUUUUGAUAUUUCGCCAAAAAGAACCGGUUGUCCCUAUUGUCCGUUGUCGGUUAAAUUUAAUUUCUCAUUUUUAUAAAUAUAAGAUUUUCAGAAUGCAUUCUAAGUGUGCUUAGUGAAUAUCUUGGGAUUGAGUUCAUUUUAAUUAUAAAUAUUACCAUGGGAAUUAUUGAAGAAUUAAGUGUAUCUUCUGUGUUAGUUGGACUAGGAAUAGUUGUCACAACAGGUUUUGCUAUCUCAGCCCUUGUAGCAAAUUAUCAAAAGAAAAAUGAAAAGAAACGAACAUUAGUAGAUGCUAAUACUAAAAUUCCUUUACCCUUAAUUCAAAAACAUAUAAUUAGUCAUGAUACACGUAGAUUCAGAUUUGAGCUACCAUCAAAAAAACAUGUUCUUGGUUUACCAGUUGGACAACAUAUUCAUUUAUCAGCAAGAAUUAAUGAGGAAUUAGUAGCACGAGCUUAUACACCUGUCAGUAGUGACAGUGAUGAUGGUUAUAUGGAUUUAGUUAUUAAAGUAUACUUUAAAGAUCAAAACCCUAAAUUUCCCGAAGGUGGAAAAUUAACACAGUAUUUAGAAAAAAUGGAAAUAGGUGACACAAUUGAUGUUCGUGGUCCAUCUGGUCGUCUUAUAUAUCAUGGUCGUGGUGACUUUGAAAUUAAAGCUGUAAAACGGAGUGAUCCUUCUCAUAAUCUAUUUGCAAAAAAACUUGCCAUGAUUGCAGGUGGUACUGGAAUUACACCCAUGUUACAACUGAUUAGACAAAUAACUAGAGAUCCAAAAGAUGAAACUCAAGUAUCUCUUCUUUUUGCCAAUCAGACAGAAGAGGAUAUUUUGCUAAGAGAGGAAUUAGAGGAAGCUGCUAAUAAUUUUCCAAACCAAGUUAAAGUGUGGUAUACUGUAGACCGGCCUUCAGAAGGUUGGAAAUAUAGUGUUGGUUUUGUUUCGUCUGAUAUGAUAUCAGAACAUUUAUAUCCUCCAUCACAUGACACACUAGUAUUGAUGUGUGGACCUCCACCUAUGAUCAAUUUUGCAUGCAACCCUAAUCUUGAUAAACUUGGUUAUGAACCAAAACAACGGUUUGCUUACUAAACUUAUUGUUUUUCUUUACACUCAACUGUUUAAACAGUAAAAUGU